AUGCAUCCUAAUCAACAAUAUCCCGGACAAGGUAGAGGAGCAAAUCCUCCAUAUCCACAGCAAUCACCAUAUAAUGUUGCUGGUGGACAACAACCACAACAACAGCCUUUUGGUAAUCCAUCACCUUACAGCAUUGGAGCUGGUUUAGGAGGGACCGCUUCAAAGUUUGUUAUCCAUAAUAUAAUUUAUAUUGAAGCCAAAUAUAUUAGUGUGGAAUUAUUUCAAAAAAAUAAAUCAAUCAUCUUUGCUAAUAUGGCUCAACAACCAAAUAUGCCAGGACAAUAUGGUAGUAAUCAAGGUGGAUACGGAGGCUCAGGCAAUCCGUACGCACAAGGUGGUCAACCUCAAGGAGGAAAGCCAUACGCACAAGGUGGUCAACCCCAAGGAGGAAAUCCUUAUGCACAAAGUGGUUAUGGUAUGUCCAGUGGAGGCAGUGGUCCUGGUGGCUAUCCUUCCUCUGGUCAACAACAAUAUGGUAAUAAUCCAUAUGGUCAAAAUGUUAGCACUGGAGGAACUGGAUAUCCUCCUUCACAAAGUGGUGGUUACCCACCACAAAGUGGAGGUUAUCCACCACAAAGUGGCGGCUAUCAACCACGGCCUGGUAGUUAUCCUCCUCAAAGUGGUGGCUAUCCUCCUCAAAGUGGUGGCUACCCUCCUCAAAGUGGUGGUUAUCCAGGUCAACAACCGCCGUAUCCAUCACAAGGUGGUUCUCAAGGAGGUCAACCAAGUGGUGGUUUUAUGCCAAAUGAUCAACGUGCACAACAACUUAAUCAACUUAUUCAAAGAUAUGAAAUUAGUCCACAAAUAGCUGCACGUUUACAUACGCUUGGUAAUUGUGAAAUUGUUGUUUUAUGUGAUGAUUCAGGUAGUAUGAAUACACCACUUCAAGGUACAAAUCAAACACGAUGGGAUGAACUAAAAUCUAUCGUUAAUGUUGUCAUUGAUAUAUGUGCAGUUAUGGAUUCUAAUGGUGUUGACGUUUAUUUUUUAAAUCGAGAUCCUGUACUUAAUGUAACUAAUGGACAAAAUAUGCGUCAUGUAUUUAAUUCACCACCACAAGGUUUAACUCCACUUGUACCAGCAUUACGAAGAAUUCUUGCAGCUAAACGUAGUUUAACAUUUGAAAAGAAACUUUUGAUUCUUGUCGCUACUGAUGGCGCACCAACAAAUGAUCAUGGUCAAACAGAUAUUGGUACAUUAGAAGCUGUUUUACGAAAUGAACGUACACCACAAACUUAUAUGACAUUUUUGGCAUGUACAGAUGAUCUUGAUGCUGUAAAUUAUUUAUCAAAUUGGGAUAGAUCAAUGCCUAAUUUGGAUGUUAUGGAUGAUUAUCGUUCGGAACGAACUGAAAUUCAACGAAUACGUGGACCAAAUUUUCCAUUUUCUUUUGGUGACUAUAUUGUCAAAUCUUUAUUAGGUUCUUUGGAUCCUUGGUUUGAUUCAUUGGAUGAACGGGCCUAA